UUUGGGUCUAUGUCGAUGUUCUCGCUACGAGACAUGCUCUAGAUACUCGUUUUAGACGAAUAUGUGUUGGGGGUUGGCUGGAGCCUGUUGAUUGUCACCGUAGUAUGAAAGCGCUAGGUCUGGUUUUUCGUUUUAGGGAUGCGAUAAGUUGUUUUGCUGUAUGGAUCUUUAAUCCCAGAUAUUGUUAACUCAUACGGUGCAUUGUAUUCAUUCUUGGAAUUGAGUCAGUCACAAUGUUAUCUUCGGAUAAAACUGCAGAGUAUACGACUGCCACUAAUGGCGAGAAGGGGGUGCCAAAACCCUCCCCAUUGAACGAGGACUUUAAAAACCUGGUAACCAAGACACUUGAAAAAUGGCAUAUCCAAGGUGUCUCCGUUGCAGUUGUUGAUGGCGAUGAGACUUGGGCUGAGGGAUAUGGAAUUGCGGCAAUGCCUGAUAUUCCAGUUCGGCCUUCAACACUUUUCUACACUGGCAGCACGACGAAAGCCUUUACUGCCGCUGCAGCUUCUUUUCUGGUUGAUGAUGACGAAAAAUAUCCAAACAUAAAAUGGAAUACACCUCUUAGUGAGGUGAUCCGUGAGGAUUUCGUUCUUCCAGAUGAGUAUGCAACAUCGCAUGUCACACUAGAGGACGCACUCUCACAUCGAUCCGGCUUGGCUGGACAUGAGCUAACGUUGGGUCGUCUCGGCACCGUACGAGAUGUCGUUCGAAGUCUGCGUCAUUUCAAGAUGAGCCAGGAAAUUAGAACCACCUGGCAAUACCACAAUGCUUUGUAUAUUACAGUAGCACAUAUGAUUGAGGUUGCAACUGGAGAGUGGUUAGGUGACUUUCUCCGAAAGCGUCUCUGGGAACCCUUGGAUAUGAAAUCUACAUUCUUUUCACUCGAAGACGCACGGCAGUAUGCUGCAUCUGCUGAUAACGACGCCACUCUUGCUGUUCCUUAUGGCUGGGAUGAGACCAAAUCUGAAAUGGAGGAGAUUCCUUAUUGUGAGGGCGUGUUAAGCGGUGCCGGAGCAGUAAUCUCUAAUGUUGUUGACUAUACAAAGUACCUACGCUCUGUGAUGAGACAGUCAGGUCCGCUCUCUAAAGAGGGAUAUGCUGCGAUGCGCCAACCUCGGUCUUUCUGCCCUCAAAUGUUGCCGCAAAUGAAGAAUCAGAUUCUAUAUACCCUAGGGUGGAUGACAACUACAUAUCAUGGAGAAUUUGUAAUGUUUCAUCCGGGUGGCCUGGAAGGCAUGACUGCCACAAUGAUCCUAUUCCCUGAACGCGAAUGGGGUGUACUUGUCUUUUGCAAUAGCGAUGGCCCAGGGCGCGAAACGCUAGCAUGGCAUUUGGUAGACGAAAUGUUGAAGGUUCCACAAGAAGAUCGUUUGGACCUGUAUGAUUUUGUCCAAAAGAAGCUUGUUGAGAAGAGGAAGUACAACUCUACAGCCCAGGAACGCCUCUACCCGUCUAUUCCCUCACCACCUCGACCUCUCACACUCCCACUAGAAGAAUAUGCUGGUACAUACACUCACCCAGCGCAUCCGGAUAUUGUUAUUACUAUAGCAUCCGAAGCGGAGCCUCAAUUCCUUGUCGAAGUCACAGGAUCGCUCCGUAGCACAAUAGCCCUGAAGCAUGUUUCUGCUGAUUACUUCCUUGCCGAAGUAUCUCUCUACAUGUUGCGCCGGGAUCCUUCUGCAAUCGUCAAGGCAGAAUUCCAACUCAAUGCGGAAGGAAAGGUGGCUAGAUUUGGUGCUGCUAUCGAUUUCGAUUACAUGCCGGAUACCUUGAUUUGGUUUGAGCGUUCUCCAUGA